UGCUCGUCUCGGUGCGACACGUUCCGCGAGGCAACUGCUGCUGGCUGCCGGUGGGACCAGAACCUGCUCGAUCAGUCUGCAAGGAUCGCUCGGCUCGAUACCAUCGAAAAGUGCAGUGUGCUCCGCUGAAUUUGAAAGUACCAGUGUCGAAUAGAACAGUGUGAAGGAAUCUAGGCCGGAGAAUAAGAAUCUUUCACAUCGACUAAACGACGAAAAAGUUCCGAGUGUGCGUGCGUGUUAGUGUGCAAAAGCCCCUUUGAGGUCCGAUUUUUUUACACCUUGUGAAACUAGCUCCAGAACCGAGAACCAGCCAAGAUGCCGUUCAAGCCAGCUGAGAACCCCAAGUGCCCCAAGUGCGGCAAGUCGGUCUACGCCGCCGAGGAACGAGUCGCCGGUGGACACAAAUGGCACAAAGGAUGCUUCAAGUGCGGAAUGUGCGGCAAGAUGCUCGACUCGACCAACUGCGCCGAGCACGAGAACGAGCUGUACUGCAAAAAUUGCCACGGCCGCAAGUACGGACCCAAGGGUUACGGAUUCGGUGGCGGUGCCGGCUGCCUGUCGAUGGACUCCGGUGCCCAAUUCCAGACCGAAGGAACUAACGGGCACACUGAGCCGAAACCGAUAUCGAAAGCACCCGAAGGAGAAGGUUGCCCUCGUUGUGGUGGAUUUGUUUACAUGGCCGAGCAAAUGUUGGCACGUGGAAGAGGCUACCACCGACGCUGCUUCAAGUGCCUAGUCUGCAACCGCACCCUGGACUCGACGAUCCACUGCGAUGGUCCGGACAAAGAAAUCUACUGCCGAGGAUGCUAUGCCAGUAGAUUCGGUUCCCGAGGGUACGGCCACUCGGGCAUAUCCUUCCUGGGUCUGAUGUGCGACGCUAGGGAUUUAGAUCUGCAAAGCGAAUUUUCGAUCAAGCCGUCGGCCAUUGACACGGGUGCCAUCAAGGCUUCCCCGGGCCAGGGUUGCCCGCGCUGCGGCGGAGUCGUGUUCGCCGCCGAACAGGUUCUGUCCAAGGGCCGCGAGUGGCAUCGCAAGUGCUACAAGUGCCGCGACUGUACCAAGACGCUGGACUCGAUCAUCGCUUGCGACGGUCCGGAUAACGACGUGUACUGCAAGACCUGCUACGGCAAAAAGUGGGGCCCGCACGGAUACGGAUUCGCCUGCGGCUCCGGCUUCCUGCAGACCGACUGCAUGACCGAGGAACAGAUGGCCUCCCAGAAGCCGAUGGUGAUCAACGACACGACCAGCAUCAAAGCGCCCGCCGGCCAGGGUUGUCCGCGGUGCGGUGGAAUGGUGUUUGCCGCCGAGCAGCAGCUGGCCAAGGGCACCAUGUGGCACAAGAAGUGCUUCAACUGUGCCGAGUGCCACCGGCCGCUGGAUUCGAUGAUCGCGUGCGACGGCCCGGACAAGGAGAUCCACUGCCGCGCCUGCUACGGCAAGCUGUUCGGACCGAAGGGCUUCGGCUUUGGCCACACGCCGACGCUGGUGUCGACCGAUGCGCAGUCCGCCCCGGUGCUAAAUGAAUUUUCGCCGUUGAUUGCCGAUGCUUUGGCUCAGGCUAUGGAAGGAACCGACGUUAAGCCGAUGAGCGGCCCCAAGGCCAAGGACGGCAAGGGUUGCCGCCGCUGCGGAUACGCCGUGUACGAGGCCGAAAAGAUGCUGAGCAAGAACCUGGUGUGGCACAAGCGGUGCUUCAGCUGUUUCGACUGCCACAAGUCGCUCGACUCGACCAACCUGAACGACGCCCCGAACGGAGAGAUCUACUGCAGAGGCUGCUACGGCCGGAACUACGGCCCACGUGGCGUCGGCUUCGGCAUCGGCGCCGGAGCGCUCACGAUGACCUAAGCUGCCCAACCAUAUCCUCCCCCUAAAAAAACCCCUUACAGCAAUCCCGGUUUUAUUUUACUUUAUUAUUACAAACUCUUUUUUAUAUUUGUUACAAUUACCAGAGAAAGAAAAGCCCAAAUGUAUUUUUCAAAGCUUUCCACACGCGACGACGACAACGACAGUGGAGAGACGAACCCUUUUUUUCUGCUAAACAUUUCCCGCUGUCCACGAAUCCGUCAAAAAAUCGUUCACAUUUCGUUGCUUACCGUAGUUCAAAGUCUCUGACAAAUCAACCAGAAGUGUAAGAUGUUAGUAUGAGGGCUUUGCUGCUCAACAAAAAAAAAUGAACAAUCAAAUUCAACAGGAAACUUCAAAAUUUUGAACCUUUAAACAGAUGAGCAAAUGAGCAGUCCAAAGCAUCUAGUAAUGUAGGCUAUUGCGAACGACCAGGGCGAAGGGUUCCAAACCCUGCGAUCACCAGAAAGAACAAGAUCCAAAAACUGUGCAAAACUCAUCUCAACUCAUGUACAUUCAAACAAAGCCGAACCUUACACACAUAAACUGUUUAAAUAUUUUACUUUCCUUACAACUUACUGCGUAGAAAUUGAGAGAAAGCGGCUUAGUGGUGUUUGCUUACGAGAAAACUUAACAUAACAUUAGAGAAGCGAAUCCAUUGUGAGACAUACCCAAAAAUCCACUUUUAACACGAACUCGUUAAGGUACGGUUAGUUUUCAAAAUUUUACUUUAAUUGUUUACUUUAUUUACUAGAUGAAGCAUUGACAAACACGAAUACAUGCGAGAAUACCAGCUUAGCCGAUGUGAAUUUUAACAGCAAGCUAGUGAAUGGAUUGAGUAACGCGACGAAAAACCUAAGUUAAUUUAUUACUAUUUAAAAAAACAUCUCACACGUACACACGCACAUACACGCGCAGCGGAAACAACGACACAGACGUGUUUUACAUCAAACAUAACACACAGACACACUCUGACAACUUUAAAAUGCUAGUGCUAGAUAGCGAAAGAUAUUAAAGAAAGUUUAAAACGACCGAAAAAAUGCUACUCCUAGUUUUUAUGAGGAACAUGUGGUAGGCGGUUAGAUACUUUUUUAUACAAUUAAUCUGAGAUCAAAACAACAACAACAAAAAACUGCGAAGAAUUGUUUCUUUGCAUCACAUUUUGCUAUCAUCAUUACUGUAAUUUUGCUAAUUAAUAAUCUAUAUAUAAUUGCGCUAAGUUAGGUAACUUAUUACGUCUCGUAAUGUAAAAAAAAAAACAAAAAUGAUAUUUAUUCAAUAAAAAUCUGCGUAAAAAACUA